UUUAUUUAUUUUUGCAUGUUUUCUGCCUCUUCUCCUUCUGCAGCCCCAUCUCAUAAACCCCAGGUUGUGCAGACACAGCUGGAUACCUGUUAUCCCUUUCCUGCAGACCAACACUUGCAGGGUGGAGAAGGGGAGAGCAGGGAGCUGAGUGCCCAGGCAGAUUUAUUCAGAGGGGCUGCUCCUGCUUUGUCCUCUCUGCUCUUUGGUGCCUGGGCGUGUGGUGACUCACGGAGACAUCUGCUGAUUUGCUGCACCAAACCGCCUGAUGGCUCGUUCCUUGGAAGCAGAAGUGGGACAGGCGGUCAAACAGAGGCCCCAGGAGGGUUGAAAUUACCAACUCCAGCUCCACCCAAAUAGAUAAACAUGCAGAGAAAUGGUAAAGGCUGGGAACCUUACGUUUGACUGCUGUCCAGCAGGACUUUGGAUCGGAUGUUCCAUGUAGAAGGAGGACAAAGAUGUUUCUACCAAUUGCUCAGAUGUAGUAAAGCUGGAAACCACCCUCCAGUGUUCUGGCUCCUGUGUGUGAACCCCAAAGACAAUUGCUCCCUUGCCGCAGCUGUUCUCAAAACUAGGAUGUGGAGCAUUUAGGACUUUGUAACCAACCAGCAGCUUUUAUAGGCAACAGGAAAUUAUUAAACCUCUCAUGUUUGUAUUGCCAGCCAUGGAGACACAGCUAGGUCUGUCCUGACUGUAGGUACUGGGAGUUCUCCAGAUCUGACCCUGGAAAGGCUCUUGGCAGUCAUCCACCCCGAUGAAGCCAUCAAUUUGUGCAACUCACUGCCAUUUUGCUUUGAGUAGAUGCCUUCACUGAAUUAUCUGGCCACAGACCUGAUGAUCAGAUCGGAGCUGAACACUACAAAAAACCCCACUCGGACAUCAGUAGCACUUCUAGCCUGACCAUGGAGACAUUAAAGUAUUAAAAGCAAUAAAUGGAAUGAAUUGCCUUAGUGCUUUCACUCGUCUCCGGCCCCGUCUGACCAGCCUGAAGGCAACGCCGAGGUGAGAAAACAACCCACGUGCAUUCCUAUCCUGUCAAAUAACACAUGAUCCCUGCCCAUUCUUUCAAAAUUGCUGUCUUCAUAAUCACUCAGUCCAAACACAGUGAAGAUAUAUAUCCUGUCCCCAGAUGCGGGUGCUUUUCCUGGGCUGCGGACACGACUGGGAAACGAUGAAGGCCUUGCUCCUCGCCGUGCUGGCUUUGAUCCUAUGUGCAGAGCAAGCAGGUGCCCUGUACUGCUACACCUGCGAGUGGGAGCAAAGCAACUGGAGCUGUCUGAAGGCCCAGAAGUGCUCGGACAAGGAUGAGUACUGUGUGACAAAUGUUGCCUCCGUAGGGAUCGGCUUUGUGUCUCUGUGGAAGAGGAUCACCAAGAAGUGUUCUGGGAGCUGCCCGUACCACAACUUCAUGCUGGGUCUGGCCACCUACACCUCGUACUGCUGCCAGACCUUCCUGUGCAACCUGAGCGCCUGCCCGGGGCCCAGGCUAGCUCGCCCUUGAGAUGCUGGGGGGGUCCUGUGUCAGUGUCCUUCUCCACUGGUGGUGGGGAGAAAAGGGCUCCUGAUGGCCUGAAGAGCAUGGAUGGAUUCCCCCAGGAGGGUACGGUCACCAAGCACGCUGCAGAGUAGAUAAAGCAUUAUGGUCACCUGCCCUGUGUUGCCUCUCAACCUGUAGCUUCUUGCUUGCUUCUCAUGCCUGAGCUCUGCUGCCCCAGCAGAUCGGUGGAGAAGCAGCCGAGCUGUGUCCCCUGCAGCCAGGGGGAGGGUGAUGCUGCUCCUGCACGUGCUGAGCAUCUCCUGCAGCCUCACCUCUCCUCGGGCACAGCUGGAAGGUACACAGCAGGCAGCAGCUUCCCAGCCCUGGGGCAAAGGGGAGACCAAAAAUGAUGACCCUUCUGUGCCAACUCAAGGGAAAUUGUGCAAACUCACUGCUGGGAAAGGGAAAAACCUGCCCUGAGCGUAAAAUUCUGACCUUGUGAUGGGUACCAGCCACAGCUUUCCUCCCUUGCACCCCUCCCCUUCUCCAUACAGCCUCAUGCUCUGUGCCCCCAGUGACAAUCCCAGUGCCACCACCCCAUUAGCUCCUGGACACACCAGGCACACUCUGGGCUCUGCCCAUGGUGCUGCAUUUUUAUCAGAAUUAUGCUUAUCAUCACAUAUUCUCUGCAGUCUUCAUCCCCAUCUCCCCUUCCAGCAGCUGCCCCUUGGUCCUCCCUUUCUUGGCGCUGCCUUGCUCGCUUCUUGCUGCUCUUUGAGCCCAGUGACCCGACCCACCAGGACCCUCCUCUUGGCAAACCUGUCCUCCUCCAAGUCACUCAUUUACCCAUCCCUCAGACCUCCCCCAAAGCAACUGCAGGGUAAUGAGAAGUAUUUGGGUCGAGCUGGUGAGGAGCAGCGGAGGGAUUUAUAAGAGAAGAAUCCAGAUUUUUGAGAGGCCAAGCGUUUCAUGUAGAUGUUUCCAGAGGGUGCAGGUAAUAGAGGGUAAGAAGAAGCUGAGAAAUGGAUGGUGACGAUGGGACCUCAGGGAUUCCUCAUUGCCAGAGGAGCUGCUGAAUGCCUUUCCCUCCUCCCAUGCAGCACUUUAUUUUUGUAAGAAAAUGUAAAUACAUAAACUCAGAUGGGCCAAGAGGGCAGAGGAGCACUUCUCAGAGCCGGGGUUUGGAUGUCGAACCCACGUACCAAGCCCCCUGGGCAAAACAGGGCACGGCUGCAGCCCAGGGCUUGGUUUGCAACCACCCCCUGAGCCUGCAAAUCCGCAAGCAUUGCUCAGCCAAAGGAUGACGCUCGGUGCCGUGCGGCAUUUCCAGCCCAGCCCCGGUAAACAAGGGGGACAAAAGGGGGUUUUGAGCCAUGCUGAGCACGUCUCCCUUGGGCUGGUGCCCGUGGCUGCCCCGGAUGAAUGCCUCCUCCCGACGUGCCGCAUAACGGGAGCCUUCAGAGAUGCGU